AUGAGAUUCUCCGCCGCCCUCUCCGUCGCAAUCCUCGCCUCAGCAGGUUUUGCCGCACCAGUUGAUACAGAACAACAUCCCCUAGCAUCUCCGUCACAUGUCUCCAAGGCUCCCGCAGUUGCGGCUAGAGAGGAGGAUCCGAACCUGGGAAGGGCAUGCUUUUGCGCCAACGGAUCGAUUUGCUGCAAUACUUCGGAAGGCCUCGACUGCACACAAGGCUUGUGUGGAUUGUAA